CUCCUUCCCGCGGCUUCCUCCUCUCCCGCAACCCCCGUUCUCCCCUUCAGCCUUCAGAUCCAAGGAGAAGAAGACCACCCUAAUAUAAGGCGUUUGCAAUGAAGAAGUGAUGGUUGAUCCUGGCUCUGAUAUUUGUGCUCCAUAUUCCUUCAGUAGACAUUGGAAGAGCUUUCAAUCUUAUAGCCUAUAAAGGAUUGAGGGUGCUUUUGAUGAUAAUCAGUUUGAGAGCAAGCCCCUUUUAGCUUUUGCAUCUUUCGAGAUGGAGGUGGCUGGUGACCAUUCACUUGGUGCAAGUGAAGAUGACUGCAAAAUAGUUAAGUUUCUCGGUGAGAUACCAAGUAUUUAUCAGCUGGAAUUAAUUGGCCAUACUUCUCGGAAUUUGGCGGUUGGGGAAGAUCCUGUCCAUUUUCCUGCAAUUUGUUCAGUGAAAUAUCUUCUCAUUAAUAUAAAUUUUGAAGAUAUGCCAGAAAUGUUAGCUGCCUUUUGCAUAUUUCGGAGUUCCCUCCUCAUGCAAAAGCUUCAUAUAGCGGCGAUCUCUAACAUUGUCAGAGGAUCAUCCAACGGCUUUCGGGGAGGAGGAGAAGGCUUCAAUUGCACGUUGAGUCACCUCAAAGUUGUGGAAGUGACUGGUUUCAGUGGCAUCACGUCUUAACUUCAGCUCAUACGGUUUGUUCUUGCUAAUGCACCUGUUCUUGAGAGACUGCAGAUAAUGUUCAAAGAAAAUGUGGCUGACGAGGUAAAGAUCCUCAAGGAGGUGAUCCGGUAUCCAAGAAUCUCAACAGAAGUCGAAGUUCUUUUUCUAGACUAACAGCAUUCUGUCUUGAACUUGUAAAAAGUUGCAUCCCUCUUAUGCGCACUCUAGUUUUGCUUUCAGCUUUUGUUGGACUCUUUUAAGAGAUGAUCUGAGACAACUGUAGGAAAUGUGAAGUACUGUUCUGAUAGUUAAAUUUGGAUCAUUCAAAAUGUGUGUGAGCCUCAGAAGUUUUAUGGCCAAAUUCAGGGGUGCUGCUUAACUUUAUAUUUUUACCUUUAUUGGUUUAAAGAUGUUGGUU